AUGACAUUCGAAAGGGUAAUCGAGGGUGGUCCUUUGGUUGAAAUCCUGAAGAUUAGCAAUUGCUGGGAUGCAUUGAAUUUCAAGGUUUCCAAUCUUCACAAGCUUAGGGAAAUUGAUAUCAUGUUAAGUCAACAUCAAACCGUUGAAGUUGCCGAAACACCGAAUUUGGAAUCUGUAGAUUGUUACUGCGAAGACUCUGACUGGAAGGAAGAAGAAGAUCCUGAACGGCUUAACAUUGCGGUUUUUGAGUACGGAAACCAUGUUUAUCAUGAAAGGAUGAGGAAGAUGAUGAUGCCUAAGGUAUCAUUUACUGGAGUCUCGAGCAACAAAUGGAUCUCUCUCAUCGAAUUCGAAUCCCGCAUAGACAUGGAUACAUCAUGGUUUGUACAACUGAAGGGAUUCCUCACAGCUCUCAAAGGGUCUGAAAUUUCCAUCAUUGUGGACUUCCCCAAGAAUGUGGUAUUCUAUUUAGUGGAUGCUCAAAAAUCAAAUUCUGUAGCUCACCCCUGCCCGGAGAUUCGAGAAUUUUAUAUAGAAAUAAUUCGACCUGAGGAGUUUUCUGCAUCAUCUACUCAUGAAUCUCCGCAGACAGAGUCAGCAUUAUCAGCCAAUCAAAGUGCAAUUUUGCAGGGGAUUUUGUGGAUUUGUCGCCCUGGAACCAUCAGAUACCAAUGUGGUUACAACCGCCAAGAAUUAUCUAAGCGAUUCUAUAAUAUUUUGACAUUAAAAAGUUAUGGUGCGCGCACUUCGUUUUUCCAGCUCGCUAACUUGUGGGAAGUGACAGAUAUUGAGAUCGUCGGAGGCGAGUUGGAUAUCUCUGGCAUCCGCUACACCCAAAGAGAACGAGUCUGCAGAUAUGUCAGCCAUUUCCCGAAUUCAAGAAACUCCUGAAACAAUUUCUUGCUUGUUCACCAUGGGGAGAGGGCAAGAUUAUUAGCUUCAACUUAAAAUUCUGAGCUGUGGCAUGCCUAAUGAAGAAGCAAAACGAUGGAAAAUAGUACACUGUUAAAUUAGUACACUGUUAAAUUAGAACACAAUAAUAGAAGUAGACUAUUUUUCUCAAAGUAUCUUACACUGAGAAAACCAC